GGGAGAAUUGAUAAUUGAGAUAUAUAAACAUUUCAUUACAUUCAAACAUAAUUAAUCACAACAUAUCUCAAUCUCAACAAAAGUGGUGUGUAUACAGGGCAAAGACAUUGACUUGACUGCUGAAACAUCGCAAGGUUGCUAGGAAAUAUUUGAAAGUGUUAUUGAUUUCCUACUUCAAACAGGAUUAAGAUUUGGAAAAUGCAGCCAGAAGAAAAACUUAAUGGUCAUAAAUCCGUGAGAGUAUGGUGCGAUGGGUGUUACGAUAUGGUUCAUUUUGGCCAUGCCAAUUCUUUACGCCAAGCCAAAGCCCUAGGCGACUAUCUUGUUGUGGGUGUGCACACAGAUGAGGAAAUAGCUAAGCAUAAAGGACCACCCGUUUUCACUGAGGAAGAGCGAUAUAAAAUGGUCAGAGCAAUAAAAUGGGUUGAUGAGGUGGUCGAAGGAGCACCAUACAUCACUUCUUUAGAGACACUAGAUAUGAAUGGUUGUGAUUUUUGUGUGCACGGCGAUGACAUCACCAUGACUGCUGAUGGGGUCGAUACCUAUCACAAAGUGAAGAAGGCUGAAAGAUACAAGGAGGUGGAGAGAACUGCAGGUGUUUCUACAACGGAUCUAGUGGGCAGGAUGCUUCUUUUAACUCGGAACCAUUUCCGCCAAGGUCAGUAUGAAUAUACAGUAGACAGCCAUCACUCAUCGAGAAUGGGUCAAGACUCCUCGGCACGGUCACCAUGGACCGGCUGCUCACAGUUCCUUCCUACUACACAGAAAAUAAUUCAGUUCUCCGAUGGGAGGCCACCUCUUCCUACCGACAGGGUAGUUUACGUAUCUGGAGCUUUUGACCUAUUUCACGUUGGCCAUUUGGAUUUCUUAGAAAAAGCGAGACAGCUCGGAGAUUAUCUCAUUGUCGGUCUGCACACAGACCCAAUUGUAAAUAGGUACAAAGGUUCCAAUUACCCAAUAAUGAACCUGCAUGAGCGCGUUUUGAGUGUGCUAGCUUGUCGAUAUGUGUCAGAGGUGGUGAUCGGUGCCCCAUAUUCUGUUACAAAAGACCUUAUGGAUCAUUUUAAAGUACAUAUGGUCGCUCAUGGGAGCACGCCGGUUGCACCUGACGAGGAUGGUCGAGACCCUUUCCUCUAUCCCAAGGAAAUCGGGAAAUUCAAAACGAUAAACUCUGGUAAUAGCAUGACCACUGAAAAAAUUGUCGAGAGAAUUAUAAGGAACCGUAUAGAAUUCGAGGCUAGAAAUAUUAAAAAAGAGAAAAAGGAAAUGGAUUUAAUCAAAGCGCUCGAAGCUCAAAAAAAUAACAAUCACAAAGAAGAUGUAGUUGAGGUCUCAUCAUGAGUCAACACCAGGUGAAAUAUUUUUCUGUUUAUUUACUGUAUUAUUUCUAUCUAGAAUAUUAAGUUCUUACCUUGAAGGAAACCUAUUUUAUCUCGAUGUGACUCGAGUAUUUUUUUAUAAAAAUUUAAUCGCUUUUUAUUCUUAUCGAAAUUGGAUACAUUUCAUUAAUUCAAAUUUAAUUAUACUUCUAUGGAAGUAUUGGAUAUUAUUAGUUAUUAAAAUUUUUCUUCCAUAAUGGAUGAAAUUUGGAUGGGAUAUUUUCGAAAUAUGUAUUUUUAAUUCACAUUUUUCAUUGACCCAGUAAGCAUCUUAUUAUAUAGUUCAUGUUCUAAUUCUGGUCUAUAUGAUAUUUAUAAGUGUUUCAAAUAAUCAAUUUUUAUUUUUUUUGGUCUAAUCUGAGUUUCAUAUUUUUAGGAUAUUCAAGCCAAAGUUUUUAUGUCAGUGUUGAAUUUAUUUUAGCCAAAUAACACUUUUACAUUUGGAUAUCAUCUGAUUGUAAGCUUGCAGGAUACACAAGUUUGCCAAUCGUGAUAUUGUUUUAUCUUUACGUUUUUAAUUGUUUUUAUUUUUAUAUACUAUUGUACUAUGAGAUGUUUCCAUGUUAAUAUAUUUCUAUUUAAUUUCUAUUGUUAUCUCGUCGAUUUAUACCAUACUAUUUGCAAUAAAUUCGAGCUAUUAUUA